AUGACCACAGAGACUCAUCCUCGCGCCAUCAAGGUCGACAAGUCCAACCUGCUCGACCUCAAGAGCGCCUGCGACGACGCCCUCAAAGAGUACCUCGAGACAAAGGGAGGGUACAAGCAGAGCCACAAGCACACAGACAUCAAGCUGGUUCUUGGUUACCUCGGCUGUGCCUUUGCCGCUGCUGGAUCCUACUACGGAUAUAUUCACCCCUUCGAGUUACCCGCCACAAAGUUCUGGACCGGUGUCAGUGUCGUCCUGUACUACCUGUUCAAUGCGUUGAUGAUGGCGUACGCGUACUUCAUCGAGAAUGAUACCAUCUUUACAGGAUACAAGUCCACUCCUCACGGCACGCAGACAAUCAGUGUAGGAUCCUCGGUCAAGAGCUACAACCCUUACUACGACAUUGACCUUCACAUGAACAUUUCCGGAUCAUCGACAUCAUCAUCAGGAUCGUCCAAGACCACCAUCACGGGAAAGAAAUCGACCCACCAGCGAUUCUCGACCGCCUUCCAGUACUGGUUUGACGAAGACGGUGUUCUGGCCCAGGAGCAGUUCGAGGCCGAUAUUAUCAAGUUCUUGGCCAACACCGAGGCCACCCACCUCGAGUAG